AUGGGCAAGCUGAUUGAGACUCUCGGUUACACAAUGGUGUGGAGUCCAGAGGAGUGCGUGCUACAAUCCCCGGAAGGUCGACGAAUUCCCUUGCAGGUCGAUGGCGGGUGUCCUCAGAUGUGUGAGAUGGAGGCUUUGUCGUUGAUUGCAAGGAUCGAGGACCGUAAGUUGGAGCAGCUCCGGAAUGAGACGUUGACGACCAAGGACAAAGUCAGCUUGUCAGCAGUAGCUAUGGAGCUCCAUUGGAACCACUAUCUCUACGACUACGUGGCGAAGGGGUCCUUUGAGUCCGGUCUACGAGCAGUUCGAGAUGCACCUUUCUUUGAGGAUUUGCCGGGAGAGUGUAUCUCAGGGCUCAUUCCAGGAGCUGGACUGGAGAAUGGUUGGGACAUCUUCAAGCUCAAUGGUCAUUGGCAGGUGAUGCAAUUGGACCAAGGUGACACUUCGGUGGUUGAGCUGGAUGUUGCCCGAUGCAGUGGUCACGAUAUCUUGCGGGAUGAAACGUGGCGAAUGCUGUUGUGGGGAGCGAAGCAUGGUAAGGUUGAUGUUGUGAUGGGUGGUCCUCCUGGACGUGCACUCCAGCAUUGCCGAGGAGGAGAUCGGGACCCGAAGUCGCUGAAGUUGAUCGCCAGAAUGAUGUGGCUUUAUGCUGUCGCACAGGUGGGUCGUGAGCUCAACGCAAGCGGCAUCAAUGCGAACAGGGAUGUUGCCUUCGUAAUGGAGUAUCCUGAAGGAUAUCCGGCUGAUCAGCGUCGAGCUCGUGAGCGACAAAUUCAGGAGGCUGAAGACGCCUUCAGGGUACCGGGACGAAGACGAGGUCCAGCGGCGACUUGGGAGGAGACCCGUCGUUACUGGGAACAAGUUCAAAGGCCUCGCUGGGAUGAUCAAGUGGGACUGAGUACAGUCAGAGGAGAUGUUGCUUUUUGGGACACCAGGAUGUGGAAGGGCUUCCAGCGUGAGCUCGAGAUGAGAAUGGUUUCGUUUGAUCAAGGCGCAAUGGGAGGAGCUACUAGAAACCGAACGACCUUGGGAACCAACGUGCACUCGUUGACAGCGCUGGAUGAGGCUCGACUACCUGAAGAUGAUCCUGUUCCACUACGAGGAGGUCAAGAUUACGUUUGGUCCCCGGGAUUGGUCAGGGCGAUUACAGUUGCCUUGAGUUUCUGGGAUCGCGAACCUCGAUGUGUCCCUCGCUUGUGCGCAAUGACAGCUGAGCAAUGGAAGGAUCAUGUGAAUACAAAUCAUGCUGUAUAUCGAAAGGAUUGUGCUACCUGCGUUAUGUCAAGGGGUGUAGGUCGUCAGCAUCGGCGCAUCCAUCAUCCGGAGGUGUACGUCCUGACAGCAGAUGUGGCUGGACCGCUGAAGCCAGGGCUGGAUGCUACUUCAAAGGGCACUUUAGGCAAGAACCUUCGCUAUUUGCUUAUUGGAAAGUACUUGGUGCCCAAGCUGUUCAUUGAGGAGUACUCAGGCAAGUCCAUACCUCCCGAGAGUUCCGGUGAUCAUAGUCCAGAGCCUCUACCCCUUACUGAGGAGCAACAGCGUGACAUGGACGAGUUGUUCGGUGACCAGGAGGCCAAGGACGCAAUACAGCUUGAAAUACCGCAAGUAGAAGUUGUUGGGUGUGUCAAUGGUGAGCAUGAUGAUUGGGUUGCUGACGGGGACGAGGUUGAGUAUGAGCCUUCGGAAACAUCAGGUGGAGAGGAACCUGAUGAGGAGGAGCAUGCCCAGGGGGAACCAGCAAGUACUCCAGAUGUGGUUAUGCAGGGUGGCGACUGUAAACCACCAGAGAUGACGUUCCUGACGUUUGCCAUCGCGCUAUCAAACAAUCAGUCCGGCACAGUCAAGCGUGGGAUUCAGGACAUGGUGCUCUACCUUCAAAGCCAUGUGUUUCCUAUUUAUCGCUUUCAUGCUGACAAGGGUGAGUUCUACAAUCAUGGUUUUAGAAACUGGCUACGAGAUCAAGGUAUUGACGGUACAUGGUCGGAACCCGGAGUACCACAAGGUAAUGGACAGGCGGAAUCAACGGUGAGAUGGAUCAAAGAUCGUACCAGAACGCUUUUGAGGGCGUCAGGCCUUCCAUUACGAUUGUGGCCAACAGCGGCGGCAACAGCCGCAGCAGAGCAACGAGCCAAGGUACUCGGAUGGAAGUCAUGCUUGGCUGCCCCCUAUGGAGCACCUGUGCAUUUGAGAAAAAAGGCGUUUGACAAGGCUGGACCACUAAAGCGAGAGAUGGGUUUAGAAAGUCGCUGGCUGGUGGGAAAGUAUGUUGGACUUAGCUCUAUAGUUCACCACGGGCAUGUGGUCUACAUUCCACCAGAAGGCGAAGAAAAAGAGAGGUUUCUGCAUACGAUGCACGUUCGACCGAACCUAGUUGAUCCUGGACUACCUGGAGGUGAUCUUCGAGUUGACACUCUACCCAAGCCGAGGAGGAGAGUUCCGCAGAAGACCGAGUCUAAGGAUGUUGAGAUGCGAGUGGUUCGGAAGCUUACAGAGGACAUCAAGGAGCUCGGGACCACUGCAGCGAGGGAGGUCCUGGAUGAGUGGUCCUUGGAGCAAGCACUACGGCUAGUCGACGCUUUGGCUGAAAAAGAGUUCUUUGCGGACAGAAAGUUUGGAGUGUAUCGUCAUGGUGGAGCAGUUGGGUGGCUGUCAGGAGUUGAGGAUUUCCCAGAUCUCACAAAGGUUCUGACGCGGAUUGUACAGGAAAUCGAUCCUGAGGCGACCUUUACAUCAGUGAUGGUGUCCCACAAUACGCCAAAGGUAAUGCACAAGGACUUCAACAACGACUAUGCCACGAAGAAUGUCGUAGUUCCUGUUCGGUGUCCAGAGCAAGGAGGAGAGCUAUGGGUUGAGCUUAAACCUGGGGAUACGGUACAAGGAGAAAUAGAGCAGCGUGGCAAUGGGAAGCAGCUUUUCUAUGGACAAAUGUUACCACUAGCCCCUGGAGAAAGCAUCAAGUUCGGCCCACAGAGAUACCAUGAGACAUCACCCUGGAAGGGUAGACGAGCGGUGAUCAUUGGGUAUACUCCCAACUGCUUGGGGAAGCUGGGACAAAGCGAUUUGGAAGCACUACAUGACCAUGGGUUUCCUGUACCCCUUUCGCAGCUUCCCGAGUACAAUGGCGAUUUACCUCAUGACGAUCAGGUCCGAGUGUCUCCUUUGACAAUAUUGCAAGAUGCUUCACAUGAAAGACAGCAGUCAGACUGGUCGCUGUUUUUGGAUCUUAGCAAUGGAGUGGUGAAGAUCGAUGACGCCGCAAUGGACAGGGAGCUUACACCCAGACUCUACAAGACGGAGGUGAGCUAUACCCCAAACAUCGAGGAAGUCUUGGAGCAGUUGAAGGGGCCACUUGAUGUUACACAUGCCGUGAGUCCCGAUGAAGUGAUGGCCAAUUUGGAAAUGUGGAGACCCUCCAUCAUGAAGGAGCUUGCGGGUAUUGAGAGCGCAAUCGAGAAGCUUCCUCCUGGCACAGAAGCCAGGAGGAGAUGGCUCAGCACUCCAGGAGUUCAGAGACUCCCGAUGAAGUUUGUGUUCACGGUCAAGCCCAACGACAAGGCGAUCUUGGAGGACGAGAAAACUUGGUACAAGAGAAAAUCCAGGCUGGUCAUUUGUGGGAACUUCGCAGUGAGCGACGGGGCACAGGUCUAUGCCGAAACAGCACCAGCGGAGGCUGUGCGCGCAGGCCUUGCUGUGUCCAGCAGAAAUCAGUGGCACAUUGCCAUCUUGGACGUGGUGGCAGCGUUUGUGAAGACACCGCUGGGGAGAUCGGCUUCAGAUCCAGUGGUGGUCGCACAACCGCCCAGACUUUUGGAAAGCCUCGGUGUUUCAGUAAAAAUGGAGCUGUGGGGAUUACUCCGCGCCCUCUACGGCUUACGAGAAGCUCCACUGUUGUGGGGAAACUUUCGUGAUGAUACUUUACGGACGUUGAAAACGCCUCAUGGACUGCUCUGGAAACAAGGGAAGGCUAUCACAUCAUGGUGGUCUAUCUUAGAUGGUCUUGGACAUGUCACAGCUUUGGUGGUCGUGUAUGUGGACGAUUUCAUGAUAUGUGGGCCAAAGGAGAUUGUAGAGGA